UUCUGGGACAUAAGCCCAUGGCUGAGAAAGAGCCCAGAGCAGCAUCUGGUCUGCUUGAUAGCUGACAGGGGGACCUCAUGCAUGCUCUCUGAUAGAUUAGGAUGCUGAGUCACAACUGGGAGGCCCUUGUGGAAAUACCCUUGCCCCUCCAGCAGUUGCUGCAAACACUCUGUCACUCCUCUUCAGUUGAGAAUUCAGGAGGAGGAAGGAAAAGAACCGUGAUAGAACUGCCCAUUGGUGAGUGAAGCUGGCAACGGGGCUUGGUGUAUCUUCAUUAGAGAGGUCCUUCACCAUACACCAGCGGCUCUCCCACUGGAUCACCACCCACUUCCACUCGGAGGUUCAAUAGCAGCAAAGAACCGAGCAACUUGCUGCAGUGGAGAGUGGCUAGCAGUUUGAACAAGCAGAGAGGAUGGCAAGCCAGCGGCACAGCCCUCGGAAGGAGCCUGAGAUCGAGCUUUUCGUGAAGGCUGGCCUGGAUGGCGAGAACAUUGGGAAUUGUCCCUUCUGCCAGCGUCUCUUCAUGGUUCUGUGGCUCAAAGGAGUCAAAUUCAAUGUGACCACAGUGGACAUGACAAGGAAACCCGAAGAGCUGAAAUCUCUGGCUCCAGGGACCAACCCUCCAUUCUUAUUGUUCAACAAGGAGCUGAAAACAGACUUCAUUAAGAUCGAGGAGUUCCUGGAGCAGAUGCUGGCGCCUCCUAAGUACCCACACCUAAGCCCCAAAUACAAGGAGUCCUUUGAUGUGGGCAGCAACAUUUUUGCCAAGUUCUCUGCAUACAUCAAGAAUCCCCACAAGGAAGCGAAUGAGAAUUUUGAGAAGGCUUUGCUGAGGGAGUUCAAACGCCUGGAUACCUACCUGAACAACCCGCUCCCUGAAGAAAUCGACCAGGACAGUACUGAGGAAGUCCUGGUCUCCAAGAGGAAAUUCCUGGAUGGGAACAGGCUAACAUUAGCUGACUGCAAUCUACUGCCCAAGCUGCACAUCAUCAAAAUUGCUGCCAAGAAAUACCGUAACUUUGAGAUCCCGGCGGAAAUGACAGGCAUCUGGCGCUACCUCCACAAUGCCUACUCCCGUGAUGAGUUCAGCCACACAUGCCCAGCCAACGAGGAGAUAGAACGCACCUACGCCAGCGUUGCCAAGAAGAUGACCUAGGGGCAGCCAAACGAGCUGGUUUUUGAAACCCCUCUUUCCAUUGGAAACACUGCCAUGAAAGCUCCCUUCUUCUGAAUGGCCAUGCCAGUAGAACAGCCCAGUCCUGUCACCUGCAAACAUUUGGGGAUCUAGGAACUGGAGGAAUCAUUAUGAUGUAAUUAGUAACAGCCUUUCAGAAAAUAACCCUGUGCUUCCAGCUGUUGCAGCUGACUGCACCCUGAUUUUACAGCUAUAAUCAUUGCAUGUAGCGAAAUGGCACCACCCAGCUGCCGAGGCAGCUGCUUUGUCAUUCCUUAGAGGCUAGGAUGCCCAACCUUUUUGUGGGAUCACCAACAUUUAUUGUGCAAAACUGUGCAGAACUGGUGACCAUGCGGCAUAGUGCGGUUUAAGUAUCCCCAUUUUGAAUCUGGAGGACAGGGUACAAAUGAUGUCUUAGAUCCCAGCAAAAUGGGUUUUCACAUGUGCAUAGAGUUUAGGCCAGAAGACACCAUCAGAGCGUCUAGACUUACCUACCCUGUAUAACACAGGGCAUUACAUUUCACCCACUUACCCCUGCUUUGAGUCCAAUCACUUGUGUUUGGCUAAAGUAUAUUUUCUGGAAAGGCAUUUGAAGACAUUAAGAGAUAGAGAAUCCACCACUUCCCUGGAGAGUUUGUGCCCAUGGUUAAUCACCCUCACUGGUAAAAAGGCAUGUGCCUGAUUUCUAAUUAGAAUUUGGAAACGCACCAUCUAAUUGCUGUGGAAAGAUAGUGUGCUCAAGAUGUGCACAGGGCUGCACCAGCGGGGGCUGCUCUA